UUGUCUUGGCCCAAAAGGCCGAGAAUGGAGUACCACAACGCGUCCAUCGUUCUCGGCAAUGUGUCCAGUGUGCUGCGUCCGGAUGCGCGACUCUCCGCGGAGUCGCGUCUGCUGGGCUGGAACGUGCCGCCGGAUGAGCUGCGUCACAUACCCGAACACUGGCUGUCGUACCCGGAGCCACCGGAGUCCAUGAACUAUCUGCUGGGCACGCUCUACAUCUUCUUCACGGUCAUCUCGAUGCUCGGCAAUGGCCUCGUCAUUUGGGUCUUCUCCGCGGCCAAGUCGCUAAGGACGCCGUCAAACAUACUCGUAAUCAAUCUGGCCUUCUGUGACUUUAUGAUGAUGAUGAAAACGCCCAUCUUCAUCUACAACAGCUUCAACCAGGGCUAUGCCCUAGGGCACUUGGGCUGCCAGAUCUUCGGCAUUAUUGGCUCCUACACGGGCAUAGCGGCGGGUGCCACGAACGCCUUCAUCGCCUACGAUCGCUACAAUGUGAUUACGCGACCCAUGGAGGGCAAGAUGACGCACGGGAAGGCCAUUGCGAUGAUCAUCUUCAUCUAUCUGUAUGCCACGCCCUGGGUGGUGGCCUGCUACACGGAAUCCUGGGGCCGUUUCGUGCCCGAGGGAUACCUCACGUCGUGCACCUUUGACUAUCUGACGGAUAACUUCGAUACGCGCCUCUUUGUGGCCUGCAUUUUCUUCUUCAGCUUUGUCUGCCCCACAACCAUGAUCACGUACUACUACUCGCAGAUUGUGGGCCACGUCUUUAGCCAUGAAAAGGCGCUGCGCGAUCAGGCCAAGAAGAUGAAUGUCGACUCACUGCGCUCGAAUGUGGACAAGAGCAAGGAGACAGCCGAAAUCCGCAUUGCCAAAGCGGCCAUCACCAUUUGUUUCCUGUUCUUUGUGUCGUGGACGCCGUACGGCGUGAUGUCGCUCAUUGGCGCCUUUGGGGACAAGAGUUUGCUGACACCCGGCGCCACAAUGAUACCCGCCUGCACCUGCAAAAUGGUGGCCUGCGUGGAUCCCUUUGUGUAUGCCAUCAGUCAUCCCAGAUACCGCAUGGAGCUGCAGAAGCGCUGCCCCUGGCUGGCCAUCAGCGAGAAGGCGCCAGAAUCGACGGCCGCUGCCUCCACCAGCACCACGCAGGAGGUGCAGCAAACGACGGCGGCCUAAAAUCAAUCAAAAAUUAAUUAUGAUGAUGCGUCUCCCGGAACACGAGCUCGUAAUACAAAAUGCCUGGAUACAAAAACUUCUAUAAAAUUCGCAAAGUCUUUGCUGAAACUUUGUGGUGAAAAAAUGUGUGAAAUACGUCAAAUUUAUGAUUAUGAUUUCUAGCUAUUAUUUUUUUGAUGUUAAAUAAUCAAAUAUAGUUAAUUAUUGCAAGCAA